UUUGUUUACGUUACCAUGUAGAUAACCUUUUAACUCAACCGAAACGAACAGGUAGCAUGAACCAAACAACACUGAACAUCAAAGUAUUAAAUGUGGAAAUGUUAUAAUAAACAAAAACAAGUCAACAGUAUUAUAUUCAAAUAAACUGGAAUUAAUAAAUUGAAGUUAACUUUGAGAAGAGGCCAACUAUUUAGUGAACUAAGCUGACAUCAUGCCAGGAACUUUCCCAGUGGCCAGUAAAAUUCUACACAAAUAUGAACAAGAUAGAGCUUACAGAUUACACAGACAGAAAGUAUCCACCAUAAAACCAAAGGUAGCAACCAAGGGACCAAGGAAAUAUCCUCAUCUUAUUCUCAGCUUAAAGAAAAUACAGCUUGAAGAAGAAAAACAAGCAGAAGUAGACCAUGAAAACAGACUACUGCUCCAUAAGAUGACAAAUAUCAUGAAAAACAGAGCUCAAGUGGACAACUGGAAUGAAUAUGAACCCAGAAGUUUGAAUUAUAUAGCUAGAGAAAGGCAUAUAAGAGAUAUUCAGUCAGAGAAUAUAGGUAUCGCUAAAAGACUUGAGAAAGCACAACCUGUGAUAAAGGCUGAUGAUUUGGAAAAGGAAUAUCAGCACAAAAGAUAUUUGCAGAGUUUAUGGAAUGAGAAUGCCAAAGACUAUGAAGAAGUAACACCUCGUCAUCACAAAUUUAAAGAACUAAAGAGAAGUAAAGAUGGUAUAGAAGGGGAAGAUGAUUAUGAUGAUGAUUUUGAGGAUGAUGAUUCUAAAAGUAAAAAGAGGGAGAAACUUCCUCCACUGACUGAGGACAGGACCAGUAAGUCCAUAAAGUACAGUUAUAAUCCAUACACCAACAAAACAUCUUCCAGUAAUGAUAGCUUGCCUAGGAUCGACAGCAAAAAGGAUGACGAUGAAAUCUCACCUACAAAUCCAACAGAUAAUGAUUGCAAACAGUUGUUUAAAGUAGCUAAACAAUUAUCUGCUCCACCUGAUAUUAUCAUUAAAACAUUGGUGAAGAAAACACCAAAACAAAGACAACAGACAAAAGAAAGAUUUAAAGAAAUGUAUGAUCUGGAACUAGUCCCUGAAUUAAAAGAAGGACUUGGACCUGAAUGGCACCUUCUGAUUGAUGCUCUUUUGACUGAUAGCACAAGUUCUGGUGCCAAAAAAUUACAUGAUGCAUUAGAGGAGGGUGAUUACUCACAGACAGUAGAGAUUUUAUGUUCAUCUAACAAAAGUGCAAUGGCUGAUCUUAAAGAAAGUUAUAAAAAGGAAUAUGCUGUAAGCUUAGAGAGUGAUAUUAAAGACAAGACAGAUGAUCCUGAACAAGCAUUACUGUUAAUUUUACAAAAGGGAUUAAAAGAAGAUUCAGGAAAAGUUGAUGAAAAAACAGCAGGAAAAGACGCAGAGCAAUUAAAUGAGACUGGAGAGGGGCGAUGGUCUAGUUCAUCUGGAAAGUUUCUAAAGUUACUCAGUACUAAAAGUUUAGCCCAUCUGAGAGUAGUACUUAACUUAUAUACUGUGGAAACAGGAGGAAGAGAUGCCACUGAUGAUAUCAAAAAGGAAUGUUCAAAGAAUUAUGCAGAUGCAGUUGUAACAUUGUUACAACAAGUGAGAGGUGCUGAGACACAUUAUGCUGAUCAGUUGUUUAAGAACAUGGGACCAACAAAUCCUGUCUUUAUUGAUAUAUUAGUCAACAAGAAUGAGGGUGACAUGGCAGCAAUAAGAAAAGAAUACAAAAAGAAAUAUGAUGCUGAAUUACCAGAUGAUGUAAAACACAAGGUCAAAGGUCACCCAACAGAAAAAAUCAUGGUGGAAUUGGCAGGAAAAUCAAAAGGGGGAAAGAUUGAGGAACAAAAAGGUCAGAAGAAAGGUUCAACAACUGCUGCUCCUCCACCUUCCAAGAAACCAGCAGCAAAGAGGCCUGCUGAGAACCAGUCACAGAAAGGACAGGAAGGAGAACAAAAGAAAGAUAAUCCAUUAUCUAAACCUACACCAAGAGUUACUGCAGAUGCUAAACAACAGAAAAAAGAUAAAGAAAAGAAUGCAGAGAAAGAAAAGAAACAGAAAGAAGAAGAACAAAAAAAUAAAAAUGGUACUGUACAAGCAUCUUCUAAUUCUGACCCUGAUGAAGAUGUGUUAGCACUUUAUGAUGCUAUGAAGGGACUUGGAACUGAUGAAGAUGCCAUUAUUGAGAUAAUACCUCAUAGAAGUAAUAGCCAGCGACAGACGCUGAAGAAAAAAUACAAAGAGAAGUAUAAGAAGGAUUUGGCUAAGGAGCUACAAUCGGAGUUGACGGGAGACUUUGAAGAGAUAAUAUUAGCCUUAAUGAUGACACCUGUAGAAUAUGAUGCUUACUGUUUACAUGAUGCCAUGGAUGGUAUGGGAACAACAGAAUCCACAUUGAUUGGUAUUAUCUGUACAAGGAAUGCUAAGGAAAAGCAAGCAAUCAAAGAACAGUAUAAAAAAGCCUAUAAGAAAGACUUGGAGAAGGAUGUGAUAGGUGAUACCAGUGGAGGGUUCACUGCUCUCCUGUUGGAGCUACUGAAGGGAGAGAGAGAACAGGGAACCUCUGUUAAUCAGAAACAGGCACAGGAAGAUGCUAAAAAACUUAGUGGCAAUGGAAAAGAAAAGAAAAUAGAUUUGAACAGCAAAGAGUUCAUAGAAAUUAUGACUAAAAGAAACAAGGCUCAACUGAAAGCUACUUUUGAGGAAUAUAAAAAGUUAAUGGGACAUGAUAUUUACCAAGGAAUAGCUAAUUCUAUGUCUGGUGAUGCAGAAGAUGCUUACAUAGGACUUGUAACUGUUGUAGAAGACCCAGUAGGAUUUUAUGCCGACAGACUGAGUAGAGCCUUCAGUGGACUUGGUACAAAUGACAGUAUGUUAAUCAGGAUUGUUGUAUCAAGAUCUGAGAUUGAUCUAGCAGAGAUUAAAGUGAAAUAUAAAGAAGUGAGUGGAAAGACAUUGAGGGCUUCAAUAGAAUCUGAGUGUAGUGGGGAUUAUAAGAAGAUAUUAUUAGAAAUUGUUGGUGAAUAAUUUAUGAAGAGAUAUAACCAGGAUUAUGAUGGAAUAUAUUUACUGAUUAAGUCUGUGAUAUUAUUUUUAUAAGGACACUCAUAUCAAAUGAUAGUUUUCAACAAAAUUAAAUAGUGUUUUUACCCCAAUUUUUUUCUCUCAUUUUUUUAGACCUUUAUUUAAUUCCAUAUUUUUUGUUAGACUGAUCCAAUAAGAUGAAAAAAGUUGUCUUAUCGGCACUUAUACCAAAUCUUCGUACAUCUAUUAUAAGAUGAAAAAUAAAAUCAAAUGCAUGUAGCUUAAGAUUUUUUUUCAAUUUGCAUGAUCAAAAUGAUUUUUCUAAGUUGCAAUUAUAACUGAGAAGAGAGAUCAUGCUUUAUUCCUUUUAUGUUAUUUCAUCUUAAAGCAUAUUUAGUUCUACCACUGUAAUUUCCUUUUGAAUACUCUUAUAUCAUUGGUUUAAAUACAUCAAAGUGCUAAGCUGUGAUAUAAUAUUACUUUGAGAGUUAUUUAUAUAAUAUCUUUAUCAAAUUAUGUAUUUUAUGUAAUUAUGUUCAUAAAUCACUUGAGAUUCUGUAUUAUUAAAAAUAAUCCUAUAGAAAUGAAACUAAUAUGGACUUAUUGCUCGUUGUCAUUUUCUGUUAACGACAACAGAGAUAUUAUAAGGCUUAUUUACACAGUGGGAAACAUGGUAUUUAAGAUU